CCAAAAUGCAAACCAUUAAAGCAACCAACAGCGAACGUAUAGCAUUAAAAAGUAUACGGAAUUAGUAAAGACAUUUAAAUCUUCACUUGAUAAAGGAAAACAGCCUAAACAUGAGUCAAAUCUAUGACGAAGAAAUAGCCGGUGUUGUCAUUGACAACGGCUCCGGAAUGUGCAAGGCGGGUUUCGCAGGCGAUGACGCUCCACGCGCGGUGUUUCCGGCGCUCACCGGGCGGCCGCGGUUCGACGUCGUGAUGGCGGGUAUGGGCGCAAAGGACACCUACAUCGGAGACGAGGCGCAGAACAAACGUGGCAUCCUGUCGCUGCGUUACCCGGUGGAGCACGGCAUCGUCACCAACUGGGACGACAUGGAGAAGAUCUGGCACCACACAUUCUACAACGAGCUCCGAGUGGCGCCCGAGGAACAUCCGGUUUUGCUGACAGAGGCGCCACUCAACCCUAAAGCGAAUCGGGAACGUAUGACACAGAUCAUGUUCGAGACAUUUAACACGCCGGCGUUCUAUGUGGGCAUUCAGGCCGUUCUAUCCCUAUACGCCUCAGGGCGGACAACAGGGGUUGUUUUUGACGCGGGGGACGGAGUGUCACAUGUGGUACCGAUAUACGAGGGAUACGCUCUGCCCCAUGCUAUUGAGCGCAUGAAUCUGGCCGGAAGGGACCUCACACACUACCUGAAGAAACUCUUGACUGAGCGGGCAUAUAAUUUCACCACUUCGUCUGAAACGGAAAUAGUAAGGGACAUAAAGGAGAAAAUGUGCUACGCGGCCCUGGACUUUGAAAGUGAGAUGAAUUCGGCAGCGAACUCAUCCGUUGUUAAAAAGAGCUACGAGCUCCCUGAUGGCCAGGUGAUCACCAUUGGUAAUGAACGUUUCCGGUGCGUGGAGGCCAUGUUCCAGCCAUCCUUCCUGGGCAUGGAGAACGCCGGCGUCCAUGAGCUUCUGUACAACUCAGUCCAGAAGAGCGACAUCGACACGGCGUUCUAUGUGGGCAUUCAGGCCGUUCUAUCCCUAUACGCCUCAGGGCGGACAACAGGGGUUGUUUUUGACGCGGGGGACGGAGUGUCACAUGUGGUACCGAUAUACGAGGGAUACGCUCUGCCCCACGCUAUUGAGCGCAUGAAUCUGGCCGGAAGGGACCUCACACACUACCUGAAGAAACUCUUGACUGAGCGGGCAUAUAAUUUCACCACUUCGUCUGAAACGGAAAUAGUAAGGGACAUAAAGGAGAAAAUGUGCUACGCGGCCCUGGACUUUGAAAGUGAGAUGAAUUCGGCAGCGAACUCAUCGGGUGUUGAAAAAAGCUACGAGCUCCCUGAUGGCCAGGUGAUCACCAUUGGUAAUGAACGUUUCCGGUGCGUGGAGGCCAUGUUCCAGCCAUCCUUUCUGGGCAUGGAGAACGCCGGCGUCCAUGAGCUUCUGUACAACUCAGUCCAGAAGAGCGACAUCGACAUCCGGCGGGACCUGUGGAACAACGUCGUCCUCUCUGGCGGCUCCACGAUGUUUCCCGGCAUCGCCGACCGGAUGAAGAAGGAACUGGACGCGCUGGUUCCCUCCAACAUGAAGGUGAAGGUCAUAGCGCCGCCCGAGCGAAAGUACUCUGUGUGGAUCGGCGGCUCCAUCCUGUCCUCCCUAACCUCCUUUAGCCAAAUGUGGAUCUCCAAGCAAGAAUACGACGAGUGUGGACCAGGCAUCGUUCACAGAAAGUGCUUUUAGAGUCAAAUUUUCCAAUAAAAAACUGAAUGAAAUAUGCGUCGUGUAUAUAAAUUAUUAAAAGUAUUGAUGGACUACUUUAUUUUGUACAUAUGGAAUUAUUCUACAAAUAAAAAAUGCUUUAUCUUGAGGUGUGAAAUAUGCGUCUCGUAUAUGCAUGUAUAUUAACGAUUAUGUAUUGACUGCGCUAUUUUGUAUAUAAUGAAUAAUGCUUGUAUGAUUUUGUCAUAAAUAAGCAUACAUUUGUAUAUAUUUAUCACACAUUUAAUAGAUUUAAAAUAAUCAUAUAUUGUCAAUUUGCCUCAGAGUCUUUCAGAAUUUGUUUAUUUUCAUUAAUGCAUAAUA